UAAGUGUAGCUUAACAACCCUGGACCACUGAAUUACCUUUUGUUACAUUCAAUCGUUUAAUUUAACUUCCUCUACUUAGUGAAUUUAAUUUGUUUAGCUGCGUUAUUGUUUAAUAUAAAAAUGUCUACAGCUCAAAGUACUAAAAACUGCAUUACAUUACGUGGCUCUGCACAGAUUAUAGUUGAAUAUUUGAAAUAUGGUAUUAAUUCUAUUUUAUUUCAACGUGGAAUUUAUCCACCUGAAACGUUUGAGAAUACACAACAAUAUGGUAUAACGAUACUAAUGUCGAAAGAUAAAAAGAUUGAAGAGUUUUUGUCAAAUGUCUUGCAGCAAACGGAAGAUUGGCUUGCUAAAAAUAUGAUCGAGAAAAUUUCUAUGGUUAUCACAAAUGCGCAUACCAAAGAAGUUUUGGAGUGUUGGGACUUCAAAAUGCAAGCUGAAUUGGGUGACGGUGAGACUGGCGAUGCGACAAAACUAACAUCGAGUAAGGAACUGAAACGUAUACAAAAUGAAAUACGCGAUGUUAUGCGUCAAAUAUCCGCCACAGUCAGUUAUUUACCGCUGCUCGAUUGCAUUUGCACGUUCGAUGUAAUGCUGUACACAUUACAAAAUUGUGAGAUUCCCGAAAAAUGGGAUGAGACUGGUGCAGUUUUUAUACAAAAUGCGCAAGCUGUACAGCUGCGCUCUUUCUCGACUGGUUUGCAUAAAGUUGACACUGUAGUUAAUUAUAAAAUGGCUUCAUAAUGCAGCUUAUUUGUAUUGCUAUUAAGGUACUGGUGCACCAAUCAUUUUAAUUAUGUUUAUUUACACAAUUUUAUAUCUGCAUUUUUAUAAUUUAUAUGUAUUGUUCUUAACUAUUAAGCAUUGAUAAUUCGAAAAUAAAAUUAAAAGUAAUAACCAUAAA